CCGGCGGCGUGGGUAUUAGCUGUGCGCGAAUCAUCGCUUUUGGUAGCUAUUUUUUCUGAACGGCUGCUUUCUACCAAUUUGGGGACCCAACUACAAUUCUCUCAAGGGUAAUUGUGUGCUCCUAGUCUCCCUCCCCCCUGGACUUUGAAAUGCUUUACCUGAUCGGCCUGGGCCUGGGCGAUGCCAAGGACAUCACAGUCAAGGGCCUGGAAGUUGUUAGACGCUGCAGUCGAGUGUAUCUGGAAGCCUAUACCUCAAUCCUGACUGUAGGAAAGGAAGUCCUGGAGGAGUUUUAUGGAAGAAAAUUGAUUCUUGCUGAUAGAGAAGAAGUGGAACAAGAGGCAGAUAAUAUCUUAAAGGAUGCCGAUAUCUGUGAUGUUGCAUUCCUUGUGGUUGGUGAUCCAUUUGGGGCUACCACACACAGCGAUCUUAUUCUGAGAGCAACAAAACUGGGAAUCUCUUACCGAGUGAUCCACAACGCUUCCAUAAUGAAUGCUGUAGGCUGCUGUGGUUUACAGUUGUAUAAGUUUGGAGAGACGGUUUCUAUUGUUUUCUGGACAGACACUUGGAGACCAGAAAGCUUCUUUGACAAAGUGAAGAAGAACAGACAAAACGGCAUGCACACAUUAUGCUUACUAGACAUCAAAAUAAAGGAGCAGUCUUUGGAAAAUCUAAUCAAGGGCAGGAAGAUCUAUGAACCUCCUCGGUAUAUGACUGUAAACCAAGCAGCCCAGCAACUUCUGGAGAUUGUUCAGAAUCACCGAAUCCGAGGAGAAGAACCAGCAGUCACCGAGAAGACACUCUGUGUUGGCUUGGCCAGGGUUGGAGCUGAGGACCAGAAAAUUGCAGCAGGCACUUUGCAGCAGAUGUGUACUGUGGACUUGGGAGGACCAUUACACUCCUUAAUCAUCACUGGAGACAACAUGCAUCCACUGGAGGUGGAGAUGCUAAGUCUGUUUUCCAUAUCAGAAAAUGGCACAGAAUCCACAAGCAUCGAUGGACUGUAAGCAUAGACAUUUUCUGUUGUUAGCUGUUAAUUUCAGUCAUACAUGCACAUACCCAUAUUUGUAUAAUGAACAAUUCUUUUAGUGUACCUAAUAGUCAUAAAGCAAGUGACCAAGAAGAAAGAUCGUGACUCAGUAAUACUUGGAUUCCUGUGGCAGUGAGUUUUGUCCCUUGGGACAUCAUCAGUUGUUGCUGCUGGUUUGGUGAUUUGGGGGGAUGCACACACGGAGCAGACCAAGCCUGAAAACUUGUGGAGAGAUAGUCAUAGAGUUAUUUAAAAGUAGUUUUUACUUAUGAAAUGAGUUUAUACAAUGUGGAACUUUUCUUCUUUCUUAAAAAGUCAGUGUGCGGACCACAAGAUGAGUUGUCCUGACAGUAGUCGGUAUUAGUGCUAUAAACAGAGGUGGGAAGAGUAAGCACCACCCAGCAGUCCUACUUUCUUCAAGCUCCGUGAGCACAUGCCACAAAAUGACAUCCUUCUGAAUUGUUUAGCUGACAUCCUGAUUAUGUGGUUCAUAUUCUGCUGUAUUUUGGAGGUUAUAUAAUUGUUGAAUUAUAAAUGUUCAGCCAGCCA